CUUUCCAGGGGCAGCGGCGCGCAGCCGAUCGCUCCCGUGCCCCACCCUCUCUCUUCUGCCUUCAGCGCUCCAUUCCAACAAAGGGGCAGGCCCGCGGCCGGGAGGAGGAGGAAAACGAGGAGGAGGAGGAGCCGCCGGAGGAGCGAGCCGCUCUCGCGCACAAAGUUGUGGAGUCGCCUUUCCUCGGAGGAGAGGAACGGCCAGCGGUAGCCGCCGCGGGCUUUCUCCCGCCGAAGGGCGAGGAGGAGUCUCUGGUUCCCGAAGCCGAUUGGGGAGCCGGGGGGGAGCCGUGCCCCCCUUCUUUUGAGUCAUCUCUGCAGACGGAAAACUCUAUAGUGUUGGGCAAACUUGGUGCCUGCGCGCCUGUCCCAGGUUUGCGCUUGAACUGUUUUGUUUUUGUUUUUGGCGGAACUACCCGGGAGGAAGAUUGCACAAGUCAGGGGCUUUUCCAAAUCGGGUGCCAUUUUUAAUUUUUUUUUUCUCCUUUCGAAUCUUGUCUGAUCCUCCACAUUUCAUUAAAAAAAAAAUCACCAAACAAAACAGCUCGCACUACCAAAUUCACCCUCGUGCGCAUCCCCCGUUUACUACGACCCAAACCCUCCUAGAGGAGCCCGUGGGCCGCUCCGGACGCGGCGGCGGCGGCGGCGGCGGCGGGUAGGCGCGGUGGCCCGCGGGCGAGCAGGCAUUGAUGACAGGCUGAACCACCAUACAAAGUAGAAAGUCUUAAAAAGAACUUGGGAAAGUCUUGGAUUGCGCUGAAACUCAGCCAGGAUGGCCAAGUAUGGAGAGCAGGAAGCCAGGUCCGAUGAUGGGCAGAAUGAGUUCAGUGACAUCAUUAAGUCCAGAUCUGAUGAACACAAUGAUGUGCAGAAGAAAACCUUUACCAAAUGGAUAAAUGCUCGAUUUUCAAAGAGUGGAAAACCACCCAUCAAUGAUAUGUUCACUGACCUCAAAGAUGGAAGGAAGUUAUUGGAUCUUCUAGAAGGACUCACAGGAACAUCACUGCCAAAGGAACGGGGUUCCACGAGAGUACAUGCCUUAAAUAACGUCAACAGAGUGCUGCAGGUUUUACAUCAGAACAAUGUGGAAUUAGUGAAUAUAGGWGGAACUGACAUUGUAGAUGGAAAUCACAAACUGACUUUGGGACUACUUUGGAGCAUCAUUUUGCACUGGCAGGUAAAAGAUGUCAUGAAGGACAUCAUGUCAGACCUGCAGCAGACGAACAGUGAGAAGAUCCUGCUGAGCUGGGUGCGGCAAACCACCAGGCCCUACAGCCAAGUCAACGUCCUCAACUUCACCACCAGCUGGACUGACGGACUUGCCUUCAAUGCUGUGCUCCACCGACACAAGCCGGAUCUCUUCAGCUGGGAUAGAGUUGUCAAAAUGUCCCCAAUUGAGAGACUGGAACAUGCCUUCAGCAAGGCUCAGACUUAUUUGGGAAUUGAAAAGCUGUUAGAUCCUGAAGAUGUUGCUGUUCAGCUUCCUGACAAGAAAUCCAUAAUUAUGUAUUUAACAUCUUUGUUUGAGGUGCUACCUCAGCAAGUCACAAUCGAUGCCAUCCGAGAGGUUGAGACACUCCCAAGGAAAUACAAGAAAGAAUGUGAAGAGGAAGAAAUUCAGUUACAGAGUACAGCAGCAGAGGAAGAACAUCAGAGUCCCCGAGCUGACACCCCCAGCACUGUCACUGAGGUGGACAUGGAUCUGGACAGCUAUCAGAUAGCACUGGAAGAAGUACUGACCUGGUUGCUUUCUGCAGAGGACACCUUCCAGGAGCAGGAUGACAUUUCUGAUGAUGUGGAAGAAGUCAAAGACCAGUUUGCCACCCACGAAGCUUUUAUGAUGGAGCUGACCGCACACCAGAGCAGUGUGGGGAGUGUCCUGCAGGCGGGAAACCAGCUGAUCACACAAGGCACCCUGUCAGAUGAAGAGGAGUUCGAGAUUCAGGAACAAAUGACCCUGCUGAAUGCGCGGUGGGAGGCUCUCCGGGUGGAGAGCAUGGAGAGACAGUCCCGGCUGCAUGACGUGCUGAUGGAAUUACAGAAGAAGCAGCUGCAGCUGCUCUCGGCCUGGCUCACCCUCACGGAAGAACGCAUUCAGAAGAUGGAAACCCGCCCCCUGGACGAUGAUGUACAGUCCCUGCAGAAGUUGCUUGAAGAACAUAAAAGUUUGCAAAAUGAUCUUGAGGCUGAACAGGUGAAAGUAAAUUCCUUAACCCACAUGGUGGUAAUUGUUGAUGAAAACAGUGGUGAGAAUGCAACAGCUGUUCUGGAAGAUCAGUUACAGAAACUUGGUGAGCGUUGGACAGCGGUGUGCCGUUGGACCGAAGAGCGUUGGAAUAGGUUACAAGAAAUCCAUAUCCUAUGGCAGGAACUGUUGGAAGAACAGUGCCUGUUGAAAGCCUGGCUUACCGAAAAAGAAGAGGCUUUGAAUAAAGUCCAGACAAGCAACUUCAAAGAUCAGAAGGAGCUAAGCGUCAGUGUUCGACGUCUGGCUAUUUUGAAGGAAGAUAUGGAAAUGAAGCGCCAAACGUUGGAUCAGCUGAGUGAGAUUGGCCAGGAUGUGGGUCAGUUACUUGAUAAUCCCAAGGCGUCUGAGAAGAUGAACAGUGACUCGGAGGAGCUGACUCAGAGAUGGGAUUCUUUGGUUCAGAGACUAGAAGAUUCCUCUAACCAGGUGACUCAGGCUGUAGCGAAGCUGGGGAUGUCCCAGAUUCCUCAGAAGGAUCUUUUGGAGACGGUUCGUGUAAGAGAACAAGUAACUACCAAAAAGUCUAAGCAGGAACUGCCGCCGCCUCCUCCCCCAAAGAAGAGACAGGUCCACGUGGACAUUGAAGCUAAGAAAACGUUUGAUGCUGUAAGUGCAGAGCUGAUGAACUGGAUUCUGAAAUCAAAGACUGCCAUUCAGAGUUCAGAGAUAAAAGAGUAUAAGAAGAUGCAAGAGACUUCAGAAAUGAAAAAGAAGUUGAAGGGAUUAGAAAAAGAACAGACAGAAAGACGCCCCCAGCUGGAUGAAUUAAACCGAACUGGACAAAUCCUUUUGGAACAAAUGGGAAAAGAGGGUCUUUCUACUGAAGAAAUAAAAAAUGUUCUGGAGAAGGUUUUAUCAGAGUGGAAGAAUGUAUCUCAGCAUCUGGAGGAUCUGGCCGGGAAGCUUCAGCUUCAGGAGGAUAUCAAUGCUUAUUGUAAGCAGAUUGAUGAGCUUGAAAAGAUCGUAAAGAAGAAGGAGGAGUGGGUACAACACACGCCCUUUUCUAAAUCUCCCCAGCAGUCCUUGGCAAGUUUGAAGGAAUCCUGUCAGAGGGAACUCAACAAUCUCCUUGGCCUCCAACCCAGAAUUGAAAUGGUGCGUGCAAGCUGCUUGGCCCUGAGGUCUCGGCCUUCGGUCCCAGGUUUUGUCCAGCAGAGCUUGGAUGGCUUUCUGGGCCACUACCAGGCUGUGCAGAAGGAUUUAGAGCAUCAUCAACAACAGCUAGAGAAUGAAUUGAAGAGCCAGCCGGGACAAGCAUAUUUGGAGACACUAAAAACACUAAAAGAUACACUAAGUGAUUCAGAAAAUAAGGCCCAGAUGUCUCUCAGUGCUCUGAAUGAUCUUGCCAAGAUGGAGAAGGCCCUGCAAGAAAAAAAGGCCCUUGAUGAAAUCCUUGAGAAUCAAAAACCCACGUUAUGUAAACUUGCAGAAGAAACAAAGGCUUUGGAGAAAAAUGUGCUUCCUGAUGUAGAAAAAAUGUAUAAGCAAGAAUUUGAUGAUGCCCAAGGAAAGUGGAAUAAAUUAAAGGCCAAGGUUUCCAAAGAUCKACAUUUGCUUGAAGAAAUUACCUCCAAACUCAGAACUUUUGAGGCUGAUUCUAAAGUCAUCGAGAAGUGGAUGGGUGGCGUGAAGGACUUCUUGAUGAAAGAGCAGGCUGCCCAAGGGGACACUGCGGGUCUACAGAGGCAGCUUGACCAAUGCUCGGCAUUUGUUAGUGAAAUAGAAACAAUUGAAUCAUCUCUGAAAAACAUGAAAGAAAUAGAGGCUAACCUUCGAAGCUGUCCAGCUGCUGGAAUGAAAACUUGGGUGCAGACGAGACUGGUUGACUACCAAACCCAACUGGAGAUAAUGACCAAGGAGAUUGCUAUUCAGAAAAAUAGGUUGUCUGAAAGGCAGGAAAAAGCAGUGAACCUGAAGAAAGACCUGGCGGAGAUGCAGGAGUGGAUGACCCAGGCUGAAGAGGAAUACCUGGAGAGGGAUUUUGAAUACAAGUCACCAGAAGAACUUGAGAGUGCUGUGGAAGAAAUGAAGAGAGCCAAAGAGGAUGUGUUGCAGAAGGAGGUGAGAGUGAAGAUUCUCAAGGACAACAUCAAAUUAUUAGCUGCCAAGGUGCCCUCUGGUGGCCAGGAACUGACGUCUGAGCUGAACGUGGUGCUGGAGAAUUAUCAACUUCUCUGUAAUAGAAUCCGAGGAAAGUGUCACACACUAGAGGAGGUGUGGUCUUGCUGGAUUGAACUGCUUCACUACUUGGAUCUUGAAACCACCUGGUUGAACACUUUGGAGGAGCGGGUGAAGAGCACAGAGGCGUUGCCAGAGAGGACGGAUACAGUCAAUGAAGCCCUAGAGUCUCUGGAAUCUGUUUUGCGCCACCCAGCAGAUAAUCGCACCCAGAUUCGGGAACUUGGCCAGACUCUGAUUGAUGGGGGGAUCCUAGAUGACAUCAUCAGUGAGAAACUGGAGGCUUUUAACAGCCGCUAUGAAGAUCUGAGUCACCUGGCGGAGAGCAAGCAGAUUUCUUUGGAAAAGCAACUCCAGGUCCUGCGGGAAACUGACCACAUGCUUCAAGUGUUGCAGGAGAGUUUGGGGGAGCUGGAUAAACAGCUCACCACGUAUUUGACUGACAGGAUAGACGCCUUCCAAGUUCCUCAAGAAGCUCAGAAAAUUCAAGCAGAGAUCUCAGCCCAUGAGCUCACUCUAGAAGAGUUGAGAAAGAAUCAGCGUUCCCAGCCCCCAACCUCCCCAGAAGGCAGAUCUGCUAGAGGAGGAAAUCUGAUGGACAUGCUACAGAGGAAACUUCGAGAGGUGUCUACCAAAUUCCAGCUUUUCCAGAAGCCUGCUAACUUUGAGCAGCGCAUGCUGGACUGUAAGCGUGUGUUGGAUGGUGUGAAAGCUGAGCUUCAUGUUCUGGAUGUGAAGGAUGUAGACCCUGAGGUCAUCCAGACCCACCUGGACAAGUGCAUGAAACUCUAUAAAACUUUGAGUGAAGUUAAACUUGAAGUGGAGACUGUAAUCAAAACAGGGAGACACAUUGUCCAGAAGCAGCAAACGGACAACCCUAAAGGGAUGGAUGAGCAACUGACCUCUUUGAAGGUCUUGUACAAUGACCUGGGUGCUCAGGUGACAGAGGGAAAGCAGGACCUGGAAAGAGYGUCUCAGCUGGCCCGGAAAAUGAAGAAAGAGGCCGCCUGCCUCUCGGAAUGGCUCUCUGCUACUGAAGCGGAGUUGGUACAGAAGUCCACUUCGGAAGGUGUGCUUGCUGACUUGGACACGGAAAUCUCCUGGGCUAAAAAUGUUCUGAAGGAUCUGGAAAAGAAAAAAACAGAUUUAAAUGCCAUCACAGAGAGCAGUGCUACCCUCCAGAACCUGGUCUCAGGCAGCGGGCCCGUCCUGGAGGAGAAGCUGUGUGUCCUGAGCGCAGGGUGGAGCCGAGUUCGCACCUGGACAGAGGACUGGUGCAAUACCUUGAUGAACCAUCAAAACCAGCUGGAAAUAUUUGAUGGAAACGUUGCUCACAUAAGUACCUGGCUUUAUCAGGCUGAAGCUCUGUUGGAUGAGAUUGAAAAAAAACCAGCGAAUAAACGGGAAGAAAUCGUGAAGCGUUUAAUAUCUGAGCUGGAUGAUGCCAACCUUCAGGUUGAAAAUGUCCGUGAUCAAGCCAUUAUUUUGAUGAAUGCACGUGGAAUUGCAAGCAGGGAGCUUGUAGAACCAAAAUUAGCUGAACUGAAUAGAAACUAUGAAAAGGUGUCUCAACAUAUCAAAAGUGCCAAACUGCUUAUUGGUCAAGAGCCACUGUCGUACCAACAUUUGGUUACCACCGAAGCAUUUGAAGCUGGUGUGCCUUUCUCUGACUUGAACAAAUUAGAAAAUGACAUAGAAAGCAUGUUAAAAGUUGUGGAAAAACACUCGGAAUCCAGUGAUGAUAAUGAAAAGAUGGACGAGGAGAGAGCCCAGAUUGAGGAAGUUCUACGAAGAGGAGAACAAAUGCUCCAUCAGCCUAUGGAGGACAAUAGGAAAGAAAAGAUCCGUUUGCAGUUGUUACUUUUGCACACAAGAUACAACAAAAUUAAGGCCAUCCCUAUCCAACAGAGGAAAACAAGUCCACUUGCUUCUGGAAUGAGAUCAUCACCUGUCCCCUCGGAUUAUGUGGUUGAAAUUAACAAAAUUUUACUUACCAUGGAUGAUGUGGAAUUAUCACUUAAUAUUCCUGAACUAAAAAACACUGUCUAUGAAGACUUCUCUUUUCAGGAAGACUCACUGAAGAAUAUCAAAGACCAACUGGACAAACUUGGGGAGCAGAUUGCAGUUAUUCAUGAACAGCAACCAGAUGUUAUCCUUGAAGCCUCGGGACCUGAAGCCAUUCAGAUCAGGGAUAUGUUGACUCAAUUGAAUGCAAAGUGGGACAGAGUUAAUAGAAUGUACAAUGAUCGUAAAGGUCAUUUUGAUAGGGCUGUGGAAGAAUGGAGACAGUUCCACUGUGACCUGAACGACCUCACACAGUGGAUAACGGAAGCUGAAGAGUUACUGGGGGACACCUGUGCUCCAGAUGGCAGCCUGGACUUAGACAAUGCCAGGAUGCAUCAGCAGGAACUUGAAGAGGGCAUCAGCAGCCAUCAGCCCAGCCUGGUCGCAGUCAAUCGAGCUGGGGAUGGGAUUGUGCAGAGACUGUCCCCAGCAGAUGGAAGCUUCCUGAAAGACAAGCUGGCAGGGGUCAACCGACGUUGGAGCGCAGUCGUUGCCGAAGUGAAGGAUAGGCAGCCCAGRCUAAAAGGAGAAAGUAAACAAGUGAUGGGGUAUAGAAAAAAGCUAGAUGAGAUUAUCUGUUGGUUAAUGAAGGCUGAGAAUACUGUGCAAAAGAGAUCAACUACAGAGCUGGAAGGAAACCUACAGGAAUUAGCAGACUUAACCCAAGAGAUGGAAGUAGAAGCUGAAAAACUCAAAUGGCUGAAUAGAACUGAACUGGAGAUGCUCUCAGAUAAAAGUCUGAGCUUACACGAAAGAGAGAAACUUUCAGAAAGCUUACRAACUGCAAACACUACUUGGAAUAAGAUAUGUAGAGAAGUGCCCAGUAUACAGAAGGAGCGCAUCCGGGAGCCUUGUUCUGCUUCACAGACGAGGAUUGCUGCUCACCCUAGUGUCCAAAAGGUGGCGCUAGUAUCCUCUGCAUCAGACAUGCCCGUUCACCCUCAGCGUACCUCAGAAAUCUCGGUUCCUGCUGAUCUGGAUAAAACCAUAACAGAACUAGCUGACUGGCUGGUAUUGAUUGACCAGAUGCUGAAGUCCAACAUCGUCACUGUUGGGGAUGUGGAAGAGAUCAAUAGGACUGUUUCCCGAAUGAAAAUCACAAAAGCUGACUUAGAACAGCGCCAUCCUCAGCUGGAUUAUGUUUUCACGUUGGCACAGAACUUGAAAAACAAAGCUUCCAGUUCAGAUGUGAGAACAGCAAUCACAGAAAAAUUGGAAAAGGUAAAGAACCAGUGGGACAGCACCCAGCAUGGGGUGGAUCUGCGUCGGCAGCAGCUGGAGGACAUGAUUGUGGACAGUCUUCAGUGGGCUGACCACAGGGAGGAGACGGAGGAACUGAUGAGAAAAUAUGAGGCUCGACUCUACAUGCUCCAGCAAGCCCGGAGGGAUCCGCUCUCCAAACAGAUCUCUGAUCAUCAAAUGUUGCUUCAAGAACUGGGUCCUGGCGAUGGUGUCAUCAUGGCAUUUGAUAAUGUCCUGCAGAAACUGCUGGAAGAAUAUGGUAGUGAUGACACAAGGAAUGUGAAGGAAACUACUGAGUAUCUGAAAACAUCAUGGAUCAAUCUAAAGCAAAGCAUUGCUGAUAGACAGAGUGCCUUGGAGGCUGAGCUGAGGACAGUGCAGGCCUCUCGCAGAGAUCUGGAGAACUUUCUAAAGUGGGUCCAAGAAGCAGAAACCACCUUGAAUGUGCUUGCGGAUGCCUCUCAGCGGGAGAAUGCUCURCAGGACGGGGUCUUGGCCAGGGAACUCAAACAGCAGAUGCAGGACAUCCAGGCGGAAAUUGAUGCCCAUAAUGACAUAUUUAAAAGCAUUGAUGGAAACAGGCAGAAGAUGGUAAAAGCUUUGGGAAACUCUGAGGAGGCUACUAUGCUUCAGCAUCGACUGGAUGAUAUGAACCAAAGAUGGAACGACUUGAAAGCAAAAUCUGCUAGCAUCAGGGCCCAUUUGGAGGCCAGUGCCGAGAAGUGGAACAGGUUGCUGGCGUCUUUAGAAGAACUGAUCAAAUGGCUGAAUAUGAAAGAUGAAGAGCUUAGAAAACAGAUGCCUCUUGGAGGGGAUGUUCCAGCCUUACAGCUCCAAUAUGACCACUGUAAAGCACUGAGACGUGAGUUGAAGGAGAAAGAGUAUUCUGUCCUGAACGCAGUGGAUCAAGCUCGAGUUUUCCUGGCUGAUCAGCCAAUUGAGGCCCCUGAAGAACCAAGAAGAAGCCUACAGUCAAAAACAGAAUUGACUCCCGAGGAGAGAGCCCAGAAGAUUGCCAAAGCCAUGCGUAAGCAGUCUUCUGAAGUCAAAGAGAAGUGGGAAAGUCUAAAURCUGUCUCUAGCAACUGGCAAAAGCAAGUGGACAAAGCAUUGGAGAAACUCAGAGACCUGCAGGGUGCCAUGGAUGACCUGGAUGUGGACAUGAAGGAGGCAGAGGCUGUGCGGAAUGGCUGGAAGCCAGUCGGUGACUUGCUCAUCGACUCACUGCAGGAUCACAUCGAAAAAACCAUGGCGUUUAGAGAAGAAAUUGCACCAAUCAACUUAAAAGUUAAAGCAGUGAACGAUUUGUCCAGCCAACUAUCUCCACUUGACCUGCAUCCAUCUCUAAAGAUGUCUCGCCAGCUGGAUGACCUUAAUAUGCGAUGGAAACUUUUACAGGUUUCUGUGGAGGAUCACCUUAAACAGCUUCAGGAGGCCCAUAGAGAUUUUGGACCAUCCUCUCAGCAUUUUCUCUCUACUUCAGUCCAGCUGCCGUGGCAAAGAUCCAUUUCACAUAAUAAAGUGCCCUAUUACAUCAACCAUCAAACACAGACGACCUGUUGGGAUCAUCCUAAAAUGACCGAACUCUUUCAAUCCCUUGCCGACCUGAAUAACGUACGUUUCUCUGCCUACCGUACAGCAAUCAAGAUCCGAAGACUGCAAAAAGCACUAUGUUUGGAUCUCUUAGAGUUGAAUACAACAAAUGAAGUUUUCAAACAGCACAAGCUGAACCAAAAUGAUCAGCUCCUCAGCGUUCCAGAUGUCAUCAACUGUCUGACGACAACUUACGAUGGACUCGAACAAAUGCACAAGGACCUGGUCAACGUGCCACUCUGUGUGGAUAUGUGUCUCAACUGGUUGCUCAAUGUGUAUGACACGGGUCGGACUGGCAAAAUUAGAGUGCAGAGUCUGAAGAUUGGAUUGAUGUCUCUCUCCAAGGGUCUCUUAGAAGAAAAAUACAGAUAUCUCUUCAAGGAGGUGGCAGGGCCAACAGAGACCUGUGACCAGCGGCAGCUGGGCCUGUUACUUCACGAUGCCAUCCAGAUCCCUCGGCAGCUGGGGGAGGUCGCUGCUUUUGGAGGCAGUAACAUUGAGCCCAGUGUCCGCAGCUGCUUCCAGCAGAAUAACAACAAACCAGAGAUAAGUGUGAAAGAGUUUAUAGAUUGGAUGCGGUUGGAACCACAGUCCAUGGUCUGGCUGCCAGUUUUACAUCGRGUAGCAGCAGCUGAGACUGCAAAACAUCAGGCCAAAUGCAACAUCUGUAAAGAGUGUCCAAUUGUAGGAUUCAGGUAUAGAAGCCUAAAGCAUUUUAACUAUGAUGUCUGCCAGAGCUGCUUUUUUUCUGGUCGAACAGCAAAAGGUCACAAAUUGCAUUACCCAAUGGUGGAAUAUUGUAUACCAACAACAUCUGGGGAAGAUGUCCGAGACUUCACAAAGGUGCUGAAGAACAAGUUCAGGUCAAAGAAAUACUUUGCUAAACAUCCUCGGCUUGGCUACCUGCCUGUUCAGACGGUUCUUGAAGGUGACAACUUGGAGACUCCCGUCACRCUCAUCAGUAUGUGGCCAGAGCACUAUGACCCUUCACAGUCUCCCCAGCUGUUUCACGAUGACACCCAUUCAAGAAUAGAACAGUAUGCCACAAGACUGGCCCAGAUGGAAAGAACUAAUGGAUCUUUCCUCACUGAUAGCAGUUCUACCACAGGAAGUGUGGAGGACGAGCAUGCCCUCAUCCAGCAGUACUGCCAGACGCUCGGUGGGGAGUCCCCGGUGAGCCAGCCUCAAAGUCCAGCUCAGAUCCUGAAGUCUGUGGAAAGGGAAGAACGUGGAGAACUGGAGCGGAUCAUUGCUGACUUAGAGGAAGAACAAAGAAACCUGCAGGUGGAAUAUGAGCAGCUGAAGGACCAACACCUGAGAAGGGGGCUUCCUGUUGGCUCACCUCCAGACUCGAUUGCAUCUCCUCACCACACGUCUGAGGAUUCAGAACUUAUAGCAGAAGCAAAACUCCUUAGGCAGCACAAAGGUCGGCUGGAAGCUAGGAUGCAGAUUUUAGAGGAUCACAACAAACAGCUGGAGUCUCAGCUGCACCGCCUUCGACAGCUGCUGGAGCAGCCUGAAUCCGAUUCCCGAAUCAAUGGCGUCUCCCCCUGGGCUUCACCUCAGCAUUCUGCACUGAGCUACUCACUUGACCCUGACCCAGGCCCACAGUUUCACCAGGCAGCAGCAGAGGACCUGCUAGUCCCACCCCAGGACACCAGCACGGACCUCACCGAGGUCAUGGAGCAGAUCAACAACACUUUCCCAUCCUGCUGCCCAAAUGUCCCCAGCAGGCCACAGGCAAUGUGAAGCAUCCAUCCAGCCGGCUGACAUUUCCUGACUUACAGUAUUGCCCUUUUCUGCAAAUGCCAAUUCCAAGUUCCAUUUAAUCAGAAGCUCCAUGGCUCCUUGACACGUGCUGUUGAGCGCUGACUGUGUGUUCUACUGAGGGAGUAAAACACUUGACUAUCCAAAGAGAAAAGGAUAUUUUGUUUUUAUAAUAACCAUAUAUUAUUGUUUUCUUCUUCCCUUUCUAUGCAACUGUAAAUUAAUGAACAGAGAGAUAUUUGGAAAUGGUAAUACAUUUGUCACUGAUUUGUAUAAUGUAUACAGCAUUGGGAAAGUGGGUGGGGGCUUUCUAAUAUGAUACUAUCUUUUUAAUAACCAUGACAAAAUUUGUGUAAGAAUUAGAAGACCACUUUACAUUUUUACAUUCCUUUUGCUGUCCAUAUUAACCUCGUACAAUGACUUCAUUUAUUUCUUUGACUUUAUUACAUUAUGUUUUGGUUAUUUAUAAUUCAUCUGCCACAUGACCAAAUAGAUUUUGUGUAUUUUUUCUAUAAUUUGGCCAAAUUAGUAAGUUCAUAGACUUAAAUCGAAUAUUUUACAUAUAUAUACAUAUAUAGGUAUAUGUGUAUAUAUAUAUAUAUAUAUAUAUAUAUAUAUAUGUAUAUAUAUGGAUUAGGCAACAGCUCUGAGUAUACUAUUGAACUUUAUUUGACACCAGACACCUGCUUCUUCAGUAACCACUUGGAUAACCACAAUAAGAAUCCUAAAUGGCAUGACCAUUGGAAUUUUUUCCCCUCCUCUUUAUGCCUUUGUGUAAGUAAAUCUUGAUUUCUUUAUUUAUUUCAUGUCCCAAUCUAUACAAUAAGAGAAGACAGCAUUAUAAUAAUCUCAAAGAACAUUUUACCAAAGGUUAUCCAUUGAAGCAUGUUUUCAUUUUGAUACAGAAAACAAAUGUUGCCACAACAUUUUCUAGUCCUGGGGUCUUGAUUUUCAUCAUUGAAUACAUAGCUAGCUAUUAGCUAUUGUGAGACCAGGACACAUCAAUGUUGUUAGUUCCCCUUCAAGAAAAUUUUGUUGUUUUUUGUAUUUUCCAGUCCUUUUAUCAUUCUCGAAACUUGUUUCUGAAAGCAGACCCAAGACCCAAGUUCAGUGCAUGUCUUCUUUUACCUUUUGGGGGAAUGAGCAGAAGUGUUACUACCCUUCACUUAAUCAGUGCAUUUGGGAAGGGUGCUUAUCAAAAGCCUAUGUUACUACUUCCAAAGAAGAAUGAAUGAAAUGYUUAGUUGUACCCCUGCCUCUGCCUAUGAGUGCAUUCAGUUAGGUAUUUGGUUCCUUUUUUUUCUUUUUAACAUUCAAUUAGGUAUUGGAUUCCUUUUUAAAAAACAUUUAAUUGAUUCAUUGUAAACCUGUUACUUAAUUACCAAAUGUAGAGAAACCAAAAAUAAAAAUGAGAAUAAUAUGUUUUGAUUCAAGCAUAUGUGCUUUUAAAACAUCAGGACAUUUUAACUUUGGGUUCUCUUUAACUGGGAUCUGGCCAGGAGGAGGCUUAAAGUUAGAAAUUGCUAUUCUUUUAGAAUAGGUUGGGUGGGUUGGGGGGCAAGGGUCUAUUUGCAGCAUAGAUAUUUUGAGAWGAAGAAAAAUGUUUUAUAUAAGAGGAAAGCCAUGACCACCUUUCUACCUCAGAUCCAUCUUCCUCCAUUGUGUUGGAAAUAGCUUUAUGCUGUGCAGUCUGCAAAGUCUAGAGCUUUUUAUCAGGCCAUAUCAUACCCAAGAAAGCACCUAUUUAAAGAAAAAAUUAAAUCCCCUGAACUCAGAACUCCAAGUUGUAGAUUUGGUGUUUUCCUUGUUCUUGGAGAAGUCAUAUGUUAAUUUUUUUGCCUGUAUUUGUAUGCAAAAUGUUCUCUAUCUGCUAUUACAGAAAAGCUACAUGAAACACUACGUUGUAACCGUCUAAGUAAUAAUAAAAAGAAAUAUAUUGCAGUAACAACAAUGGGAAAUAAGUAUAUUAUUCUUUUGAAAUAUGUGGUAAAGAAUAACUCAUAGAUUAUCAUCUAAUCUGGUUACAUGUUGUAUUUUUCAUCCUGAAUAAAAGUAAUU